AUGCCUCAGAACGAGUAUAUCGAACGCCACCGCAAGCUUCACGGCAAGCGUCUCGACCACGACGAACGCCAACGCAAAAAGGCCGCCCGCGAAGGCCACAAGCAAAGCGAGAAUGCGCAGAACCUGCGCGGCCUGCGGGCCAAGCUGUACGCGAAACAGCGACACGCGCAAAAGAUCCAGAUGCGCAAGGCCAUCAAGCAACACGAGGAGCGCAACGUGAAGGGCGCGCCGGCCGAGAAGGAGCCGUCCGAGGCUAUCCCUGCGUAUUUGCUUGAUCGUGCGAACCCGACGACGGCGAAGGCGCUGAGCUCGCAGAUCAAGAAUAAGAGGGCGGAGAAGGCGGCGAGGUUUUCGGUGCCUAUUCCGAAGGUGCGGGGGAUUAGUGAGGAGGAGUUGUUUAAAGUUGUCAAGACGGGCAAGAAGGUUCAGAAGAAGGGGUGGAAGCGUGUCGUUACAAAGCCUACAUUUGUCGGGCCCGACUUUACCAGACGGCCGGUCAAAUACGAGCGUUUCAUCCGCCCAAUGGGUCUGCGUUACAAGAAGGCCAACGUCACACACCCAACUCUCAACGUUACCGUCCAGCUUCCUAUCCUUGGUGUCAAGAAGAACCCGAGCAACCCUCUUAUCGAGGUCAAUGUUUCCGAUCUAGGUAUCGUCACGGCUUCGGGUAAGGUUGCCUGGGGUCGUUACGCGCAAAUUACCAACAACCCUGAGAACGACGGCUGUCUCAACGCUGUUCUCCUCGUUUAA